AUGCGAGCUGGAGCUUUAGCUGCUGCCCACGCACCUGCACUGCAGUCCAUCCAGAGAUCUCAGGAAGAUGCAGAUGGCAUCGAUGGUGCUUCCAAGGAAUUCAUUCUGAAGCGGCUGAAAUCAAGCCCUUCGGGUAUUUUGGAUGUGAAGCAGUCUCCAAAAUGGCUGAAACUUGACAGAAUCCAUCGUGGUCACGUAGUUGCUCAGACGGAGGUUGAUUGGAUCCUCACACCACAAGCAAAUCUACUCAUUGCUGUGGUCAUCGCCUUUCAAUCCUUUCUGCUGGGUGCUGAAGUGAGCCUGGAGCUCGACGCUCAACAGGAUGGGCUGAACAUGCCACUGCGAUGGUCCAUAGCCUUCGAGUUUCUGGAUGUGGUUCUACUUCUUGUUUUCUCCGUGGAAUAUGCUUUGCGCUGUCAUGCUCUGCAGAUGCGCUUCGUGACCUCUUUUGCCGGUAUCAUUGAUUUGCUGUUGCUGGUCACUGGCGUCUUUUCGGCGGUGGUGGUGGCAAUCGAUUUGGCCUCGGGUGUUUCUGAUAACCUCAUGAUGGCAGUGCAGUCGGCACGAAGGCUCCGCAUCUUGCGCAUUGGUCGGAUUCUCUCCAUCUUCCCAGCCCUGUCCAUGUUGAUCAAGGGGCUCAUAGGUACCAUGGUUGCAAUCAUGGACAGCAUGAUUUUGGUUGGUAUGAUGUCUUCUGUGGGCGCCUUGGUCUGUUGUGAAGCUAUGGGUCGCGAAGUUCCGUUUGAAGAGCUCUUUGGUUCGGUGGGCAGCAGCUUCUUGAUCCACCUUCAACUGGUGUUGGUGGAAGCAUGGCCGGACAUUGCAGAAGUCAUGAUGCAGAAUCAUCCCUUGUGGGCUCUGUAUGUCAUCGCUUUUUUGAUACUGAGUAACUUCACCAUUCUCAACGUGGUCACUGGGGUGGUUUGUGAUGGGGUGCUGGAACUGGCAUCAGGAAAGCCUCCAUCUUCGGCCCAGGAGCAGUACUUGAAGUUUGAAGCUCUGAGGGAUGAGAUCCGUGAUGUUUAUCAGAUAGGCCCCAAAGAUAUUCUGGGCCAGCUGGAUCGAAGAGGAUAUGUUGCUUUGCUGAAGUCGCUAGGGGCCAAGGUGCUUUUAGACAAGAUGCAUAUUGCCUUGCCAUCCACCAAAGAUUUGGAGAACGUGCUUGACACAGAUCACAAUCGUAGCAUAUCACUUGAGGAGUUGCAAGAAGGGCUGAUGCGUUUGCGAGGGAGUCGGGUCAACUUGAUUGGCCUCGAUUUGCAGUGCCGCCUUUUUCGAAAUUUUUGGUCAGCUACUGCAGCAAUGUGGCAAGCAGAAUCUAGCAGCAAGACAGCCAGCCGCAGGGCGACGCAAAGGCUCUCUGACCGCAUCGAUGGAAUGGAAAUCAACGCCAUCAACGAGCUGGAGGCGGAACCGAACUUUCGAAGAGAGCAGCAACUGUCAGAACUGCAAGGUGUCUUUGACCAUUUGGACAAGUUGCGUGAGUCCCUUGAAGCUUUGAACAGUUUGAACCAGCAAUGUCAAUGCCAGGAAGAGAUGUCACCUCUGUCACCGGUUUCGGUCCGACAUACAGGGACGCAAACCGAAAAGUCACAGGCCUCAUUCAUUCCGAUGGUUCCGGACAAUGACGCCGGAGCACGACCCUUGGGACUGCCGAUUCAAACGCGGCCGGGUCCAUUGGGUCCACUUCCACCGGAUUGGCUGGGCUACUUCCGCGCGAACUCAGUGGUCAACACUGGGGCCAUCGUGGAGGUGCUGCAAUUCCUCUCCAGCAACGCUGGCUGGUCGCCGAACACCCCAAUCAUGCUGGGUCGGGGCAUCAUUGCAGAACAGCAUGGUGUGACAAUGCCAGCUCUGUCUUGGGGAGGCGACAUGCUGGAAGUGAUUUGGUCCUCGCGUGGCAUUUUUAUGAACCGACCUGCCUUGCAACGGACGACGGCCUUGAUGACUGGGAGAGCGGGCAGAGAGAUGCCCAUGGCCAUCGCGGAUUUGACCCGGCUCUUCAUUCCACAGCUGCCAGUGCUCCAAUCGGGGCUGGUCUUUGCCUUCGGUGGUGACAACCACAUGCAGGGCCUAGCGGAGUUCGUCUUUGCCGCGGCUCUGCGGGCGCGGGACCCUGAGCUGAAGCUGCGGUGGAUGCCGAACCAAGUGGAACGCUUCAUGGAAGGAGAAAUGUUGUUGGAACGUUUUGCCUUCAGAUUGGCAUCAGCGAUCUUUGGAUGGUCUAAGAUCGAUUGGAAGAAGGCCGGCGGCAAACCGCUGAAGAGAAGGGCAGGCUUUCAACGACCGUUGCUGAAGAGGUUCAGCCAAGGGAGGACCAAACUUUGGGGCAGCUGCUUGUGGAAGGAUGUGCAACAGUUGAGGUGUCAGAGAAGCUUAUUGCCACAAUGUAUCUUGGUCUUCCAUCCAGUGGAUUCCGCUGAACUGAUGCGGGACUUGCACUACACAGUGUCAAGAACGGCUUGUUUGGCCGCACCAAACCUCAAGGCUCCCGGCGUGCCUCUGGCCAAUGCUCCAGCGCCACACCGAGCAGUGAUACAUCGAGGACAGCUGUUUACCAAAGCGUACAGCAGUCAACCAACGUCUGCCCAUCGGGUAGAUUCCGGGGCUUCACCCUGGUGCCAGACGGUGACAAAGAAUCGCCGCCUGUUGUCGAGGUUGGUGUCGUUUUCCUGGUCUCCACGACCGAGCCGAAGCAGCCGUUCUGCAGAGUUGGUUUCAGGCCGAGGCAAGCACCGGCCCUGUCCCAAACUGCACUUUGCGCCGCGUUUGCGACCUGCUUGGGAGAACUUUGAGAAACCCCUUGCCCUUCAUCGGGAUGAGUGGGUCCGGGGUCCUUCUGGCCAAGUGCGGUUGAAGCAUCCAGUGACGAUCCUGCUGUCUCUUCCAAACAGUGGGACCACUUGGAUCAUGACCGUCUUGGAAGCAGCCCAAAAACACAAGGGUUGUAUCGCUGGUACCAGCGAUAUACUUCAUCCCAACUGCAAUGGGCUCUUGAUGAAGGAGCUCUCAAAAGUUGCGGGUGCACCCGAUCACGAUAGCUGGCCCAACAUCUUCGAAUCUCCGCCGGCAGCUGCCAUGGACUUUUUGUUUGAAUUGGUGACCGAUCAACUCCAUGGCAAAGCACUUUCGGAGGUGCAACAGAUGCGUUUGACGGGCGCCACACUGGCGGGUGAACCCUUGCAUCCAGCCUUGGUCUGGCCUUGGAAGGGUUUGAUGGCUCCGCAACAUGACGCUACGAGAAUUGGUCUGGUUCUGACCAAGGAGAUUAUCAAUGUUUUUCAAGUUUCCAAGUAUUUGGAAAUGCGACACAGAUCCGGUCUACGCCCCGAUAUUGUGGCUUUUGCGUUAUACCGACAUCGAGCCCACUGUUUUCCAAUGUCAAACGUCAGCUUAGCCCUGUGCAAGGAGUGCUGGUAUCACCAGAUGCUGCGGGCUUUCGAAACAGCAGACUUCAGUAGCGAUCCUGCAAUGCGUGGUAUCCAACGAUUUUGGCUGAGCCGCGGGCACUUGGUGGGAGGCAGAUCAGGCCCUUCUGGAAUGGUCUUUGCUCAUUUGGUGGCCUGGUUCCCGCUCCUCCGAGCGCAGCCUUUUGGAUUGCGGGUUCUGGACUAUGCUCGAUUGCUGGUAUUGGACCGACUAGAGCUCCGCAAGUACCUCAAUGAAACUCUGCCCGGAAAUCUCAUCCGGAAUCCUGGGGUUGAGGCACUUGCUGAAAGCUUUCUGGCGUUUCGCUUUGAUGAUCCGCCUGGAUUUCUGGCCAAAAGGGAGCGAAGCUAUCAUAAGCUUGGUGCUGAACCCUUUGCACGAGCGGCUAUCGCGGAGAUGCAACGCCUGGCCCCUCACCUGGAUUUAUCUUUAUUAUCCCAAUCAUUUCUGACCAAUAUUAAUCCCAAUCGUAAAAAUAUCAAUACAAAAAACGCACUAUUAAUAUUUACAUAUAUAUGA